AUGUCCCCAACCCAUGUCCCCAACCUAUGUCCCCAACCCAUGUCCCCAACCCAUGUCCCCAACCCAUGUCCUCAACCCAUGUCCCCAACCCAUGUCCUCAACCCAUGUCCCCAACCCAUGUCCCCAACCCAUGUCCCCAACCCAACCCAUGUCCCCCAACCCAUGUCCCCAACCCAUGUCCCCAACCCAUGUCCUCCAACCCAUGUCCCCAACCCAUGUCCCCAACCCAUGUCCCAUGUCCCCAACCCAUGUCUGUGUGUCCCCAACCCAAGUCCCCAACCCAUGUCCCCAACCCAUGUCCCCAUGUCCCCAACCCAUGUCCCCAACCUAUGUCCCCAACCCAUGUCCCCAACCCAUGUCCCCAACCCAUGUCCUCAACCCAUGUCCCCAACCCAUGUCCUCAACCCAUGUCCCCAACCCAUGUCCCCAACCCAUGUCCCCAACCCAUGUCCCCAACCCAUGUCCUCAACCCAUGUCCCCAGCCCAUGUCCUCAACCCACCUACCAGACGGGCUCUACCACCACUAAUUGA